CUGCUCUCAACCCUGCGGCUGAAAGUUCGACGACACUCUGUUGGCAGAAUACUGACUGCUAGCCACCAAGAGGAGCUUACCUCCUGAAGCCUCUUCCCAACUACGCUGCCAUACAGGUGCUUGCACGGCUUCUGAAAUUACCUGGCACCAAGAAUGCGAUUAUGGGGUCUACAGAACCGACCGACUCGUCAUCGCACUUCAGUGUUAUUUCCACGCCGCCGUAUUCUCUCCGGCUUCUCGAAAUAUCCCGUGGAAACUUCGAAUAUCAGUUCAGCGUCGCCAGCUCAUCACAUUUCUACGCUGCACGGUCCAGAGACAGAUUUCUAGGGUCUUUGAACCUCGACGAUGAGCCGGAGCCAUCGUCGCUGCUCGAAAUCAUAUCUCGCUUCCUGAUAUUCAUCAUCCAACAUCAGGAGCUAUGGGUGGAAGCCCCUUCAACAGCACACGCAGAUUGCGUGGCCCUGAUCCUGAGCAAGCUUGAGUCGGACUUCCUUCGCGGCGUUGACGUACACGUUGUUGCCUCGCGCCUGCCUGGGGGCUCUUCACAACGGCAAUUUGUGGUCAAAGCGUAUUUCGAAGCAACGGCGUUCGUGAGGAACUUGAAGUCACCUGCGCUGCAGCAAGAUUCUGCACUCUUCAGCCAGAACUCCGAGACUGCCGCUGUCACAGUCUAUGCAAUUUUCGGCGGGCAAGGCAACACCAGCGACUACUUUUCAGACUUAUGCUCUCUCUACUCCACAUACACUGCAAUCGUGGAGCCAUUGGUCGCGGCAGCGAGCGUGACCCUGCACUCUUUACUGGCACAGUCGUCGGUCACCCAAUUGCGGCUGUUCUCACAAGGACUGGAUGUCUUGCUGUGGUUGCAACGGCCCGAAGCUACUCCUGUGCCGGAAUAUCUGCUUUCCGCGCCGGUGAGCUUUCCUCUCAUUGGAUUAGUCCAGCUCGCGAAUUAUGCGGUCAUAUGUCGUGUCCUUGGGAAGCUGCCCGGUCAGCUCAUUGAGAGAUUGUUGGGCAUGGCCGGCCACUCUCAAGGUGUGGUCGUCGCCGCAGCGCUUGCGACCGCGACGACGUGGGAGUCAUUUGACAACGCACUGACAAACGCAUUGACUUUGCUGUUUCACAUCGGAUCUGCUGCUCAGGAAGCCACUACUCACGUUGCUGUUCCGUCGAGUUUGUCAUCAGAGUCGGUGAACAAUGGUGAAGGAUUUCCAACCCCAAUGCUCAACGUUUCUGGGAGCCGAAGAUCUCAGCUACAAAAGUAUAUCGACGAGGUGAACAGCUAUCUAGAGCCGCACCAGCAGGUGGCCAUCGGCGUGAUCAAUGGUCCUACCAAUUUCGUCAUAUCAGGACCGGUUCUUUCGUUGUGCGCCUUGGCCGCACACUUGAGGAAAGUGAAAGCUCCGCCUGGCCUGGAACAAGCUAAGAUUGCAUACUCUUCGCGCAAGCCGGAGUUCAGCAUCAGGUUUCUACCUAUCACCGCGCCGUUCCACAGUUUGCACCUAGGAGAUGCUGUUACAAUCGCCACCAAAGAGCUCAGGAAUGUUGCUAUCAAGCCUUCGGAUCUCCAUACACCGGUCUAUCACAGUGAAACAGGUGAUGAUCUGCGGAAAAGCGGACUCGAGAAUAUCGUACCCGCACUGAUUCGUAUGAUACUCAUUGAGCAAGACGACUGGCCGCUAUCAACGAAGUGCCCCUCCGCUUCUCACGUUCUUGACUUUGGACCUGGUGGCACCUCAGGUGUUGGUGCCUUGCUACACCGUAACAAGGAAGGUACUGGGGUUCGAGUAAUACUUGCCAGUACCCUCGAAGGCAUUUCGUCAGAGCUUGGCUUUCGAUCAGAGAUCUUCCAGAAUGAUGCAGAAAGCAUCAUCUGGGGCGAGAAUUGGGCACAGGCAUACGCGCCUCGGUUGACAAAAUCCCACAAAGGGGAACUGCAGAUUGACAACGCCAUGACGAGGUUGCUGGGCGUCCCGCCGCUGAUGGUAGCUGGAAUGACCCCGACGACAGUAUCGUGGGAGUUUGUCAGUGCCAUUAUCAAGUCAGGGUAUCACGUCGAGUUGGCAGGCGGCGGCUACUACAAUGCCGAGCAGCUAACGACUGCCAUCAAGCAUCUGCAACAAAGUAUACCUUCGGGCAAGGGGAUCUGCAUCAAUGCCAUCUAUGCUAGCCCCAAGCAAGUAAAAUGGCAAAUACCUUUGAUACGGAAGUUGAGAUCCGAAGGCGUUCCGAUCGACGGCUUGACCUUCGGUGCCGGAGUUCCUUCGGUGGACGUUGCAAAAGAAUACAUCGAGUCGUUGAAUCUGCGCUAUAUGUGUUUCAAACCGGGCUCUUCCUAUGCCAUUGGGCAGGUGAUCGCCAUUGCAAGCAGCAACCCUUCCCAUCCAAUCCUGUUGCAAUGGACAGGGGGCCGAGGUGGAGGACAUCAUUCGUACGAGGACUUCCACGAUCCAAUAUUGAGAUUCUACGGACGCAUCAGGCGCUGUCCGAACAUUGUACUUUUGGCAGGUAGUGGAUUCGGUGGCGCCGAAGACACGUAUCCUUAUCUGUCGGGAUCUUGGUCUGUGGACCUGGGCUAUGCAGCAAUGCCGUUCGAUGGGUGUCUGUUCGGCAGUCGAAUGAUGGUUGCUAAAGAGGCUAAGACCAGUAGAGGUGCCAAGGAGGCGAUUGUUGCUGCUCCUGGUGUUAGCGAUCCCAUCAGCUGGGAGCAGAGUUACAACAAGCCCAUAGGUGGCAUUAUCACCGUCAAAUCCGAGAUGGGAGAGCCUAUACAUAAGCUGGCAACGCGGGGGGUCUUGUUGUGGCGGGAAAUGGAUGACAAGAUAUUCGCCAUCCAAGACAAAGCAAAGCGACUGGAAGAAUUGCAGAGAUUGAAGCCUUAUAUCGUCAAAGGAUUGAAUGACGACUUCCAAAAGGUAUGGUUCGGUCGAGAUGGUCAGGGCAAUGUUGUCGAUCUCGCAGACAUGACAUACGCUGAAGUCCUGAGGAGACUUAUCGAAUUGCUCUACGUGAGCUCGCAAUCAAGGUGGAUCGAUCCCAGCUACAUCAAGCUGACGGCAGACUUCGUGCGACGGAUGUUCUCCCGACUUCAGGACUUCAUGCCUCGAUUUGAGAAAGACUUCGGUUUGAGGAAUCCUUCGGAUGCAGUUCCGAAGAUUCUCCAGUCUUGCCCGAAGGCCGACAAGCAGGUCGUUACCUUCAACGAUGCGCGGUACUUCAUCCUUCUGUGCAAACGGCCGGGUCAAAAACCGCCAACCUUUGUCCCCGAUCUUGAUGAUGACUUCGAAUAUUGGUUCAAGAAGGAUUCCCUGUGGCAAUCGGAAGAUUUGACGGCGGUUGUCGGCCAAGACGCCCAGCGGACAUGUAUCUUACAGGGUCCUGUCGCCGCCCGCUAUUCGACCAUUCCCGAUGAGCCUGUUGGAGAUAUCCUCAGCAAGAUCAGCAAAGCACAUAUAAACCAGAUACUCAAGGACAGGUACCAUGACAAUGCAGACGAAGUGUCUCGGAUCAGCUCUCAUCUAAGCCGGACAACGACAAAGGACAGACACCUUCCACAUUGUCUGAUAAGCCGGACCGCAGACAAGACUCAUUACCGCAUUCCAAGCAACGUCCUCGAUGAUCAGCUCCCGAAUCUGGAUGACUGGCUUGAGCUGCUUGCGGGUCCAAGCGGAACCUGGCUGCAUGCUUUGCUGACGUCGAAAGAUGUGUUCCAAGGACGCAAGGUCAUCACAAACCCAAUGCAAAGGGUACUGUCACCCGUGCAUGGCAUGCAUGUCGAGGUAAGCGAUGCAAGCGACCCGGAGGAUAUUGUGGUCGCCGUUGUAGAAGGCGAGUCCGAACCAACAACAUCAGGCUCAUCCAGAUCGAGAUACUCGUUGGUCAUUCGCAAGGACGGUGAAAUUCUCGUCACCUUCUACACCGAUGAGACUGCGGAGAAGGUGAAUUUGCCACUGACAUUCAAUUUCACCCAUCGGCCAGACUUCGUCCUUCAUCCUAUCCACGAGGUCAUGGAAGGGCGAAACGACCGAUUACGCAAGUUCUACUACCGAUUGUGGUUUGGGUCAGACAGGCCACCUGUAGCAUCUCCAGCCAUGAUUAGACGGCCAACACGCUCGUGGGACCUCGCACUCCAAGCUGUCACCGGCAAACCCAGGCAGAAACAGCCACUGUCUCUUCAAACAAAGAUGCUACCGCGACUUCAUCCUGAGCCUGAAACACCCGUGGGCUUACAAGCAGAGGCAUUGAACACUUCGAGUCCCACACGCCUGGUAUUCAAAGGACGUGACAUUGAACUUAGCAGACCCAGCAUCCAAGACUUUGCCGACUCCAUUGAGCAGUCUAGCAACAUUAUCUCGGCAAGGUCGGACAAGAACAUGGCGUCUCUCGACUUUGCCAUUGUCGUUGGCUGGGAAGCGAUGAUGAAGGCAAUCUUCCCCCAAGCCAUCAAUGGUGAAUUCCUUAAUCUCGUGCACUUGUCCAACAAGUUCACAUUGCUCAACGACAGUGCUCCACUCUCAAGCUCCGACCACAUCACUAGCACUGCCGAGAUUCUGGCUAUCAGGAACGAGCCAGCCGGAAGAGUGGUCGAAGUGGCUGCGAUUAUUGAGCGCGAUGAGGCACAGGUAUUGGAACUUGUCUCCGAGUUCCUGUUUCGAGGGACCUAUACGGAUUUCAUUGUGUGCUUUGAGAAGAAGACCGAAACCAAGAUGUAUGUGGAGCUCGAUACACCGGCCAAGGUAUCGGUUCUGAAGAGUAAGAGUUGGAUCAACUUUACUCCUGCCGACGGCGAUAUCGAUCUUCUCGGGAUGAAACUCAUCUUCGAGCCUGCAAGCCUGUACAGGUUUGACUCUGCAAAGACGUACAGGAGUGUACGGACGUUUGGACAGGUGUUCCACCAACCUCGCGUGACCAAAGAACUUCGCGCAAUUGCGACGAUCGAAUACGAAGCCGGCAAAUGCUCCAAUAACCCUGUGAUGGAGUAUCUCCAGCGAAAUGGAUCCCCUUACGAAGUCGUCCAUAGCCUGGAGAAUCCCCAGCAGCUGGGAGAACAAGACUGGCUCCGAGUAACUGUGCCGGCCAGCAACCAAGCAUACGCGCGAGCUUCUGGAGACUUUAAUCCGAUUCACCUGUCCAGGCCGUUUGCCAAGUAUGCCAACCUUCCCGGAACCAUCACCCAUGGGAUGUACACGAGCGCAGCAGUACGCCAGUUGGUGGAGAAGGCCGCCGGACUGUCUGAAGAAGUACGGAUGCGGUCCUACAAGGCAUCAUUUGUGAGCAUGGUCCUUCCGGGGGACACGCUUGAGGUGAGCGCCAAUCAUGUGGCUAUGAAAGAUGGUCUGAGGGUGCUCUCAUUCCAAGCAGUUAACAUAAACACUGGAGAGAAAGUGCUCAUCGGCGAGGCCGAGGUCGAUCAACCUUUGACUGCUUAUGUCUUCACCGGGCAAGGAAGCCAAAAACCGGACAUGGGAAUGGAUCUGUAUGCCACAAGUGAAAUUGCGCGAGAGGUUUGGGAUACAGCCGACAGAUUCUUUGCUGAGAAUUAUGGUUUUUUGAUCAGCGAAAUUGUCAAGCACAAUCCUAAGGAACUCACGGUUCAUUUCGGCGGCCGUCGUGGUGUGAAAAUUCGGCAGACCUACAUCGACAUGACGGUGGAGACCAACAAAGUCGUCGAGAAAUUCUUCAAGACCAUUGACGAAACAACGACUUCAUACACCUUCCGCCACAAGCAAGGCCUGCUCUUCUCGACGGAAUUUGCGCAGCCAGCGCUGACCAUCAUGGAGCGGGCGCAGUUCUUGCACCUGCAAAGCAAGGGUUUGACCUCGGACAGGGCACUUUUCGCAGGCCACUCACUCGGCGAGUACACGGCCCUAAGCACCAUUGGCGAUAUCAUGCCUUUUGACAAGCUGCUGGCCAUUGUCUUUUAUCGCGGACUCACCAUGCAGUCCGCCGUGGCACGGGACGAGUCUGGCCGAUCGCGCUUCUCCAUGGUUGCGGUGAACCCGUCCCGCGUCAGCAGAGCCCUGAGCACGUCAGUGCUGCAGAGCAUUGUUCAAGCAAUCGCAGCUGCCACAGGGGAUCUGCUCGAAGUGGUCAACUACAACGUCGACGGCCAGCAAUAUGUGUGCGCCGGCACACUUACCUCCCUGGACUGUCUGACUGCGGUCACCAACCAUAUCGCAGGGAAGCCCAAGGACUUUGCUCUUGGUAGCCAGGCUCCCCGAGAGCAGAUCGAUGCGCUCGUCAAGACAUGUGCAGCUGCGUCGACGAAGAAGCCGUUCCCGAUCGAACUCAAGCGUGGGGUUGCGACGAUUCCGUUAGAGGGCAUCGACGUGCCGUUUCACUCGAGUUUCUUGCUCGCCAAGAUGCCGGCUUUUAGGAAGAUGCUGUUGCGGUCGAUUUCGGUCGAUGCGAUCGAUCCGCAACGGCUGGUGGGGAAGUACGUCAGCAAUGUGGUGGGAAAGCCAUUCGACAUUAGCUAUGAGGCCGUGCGGGAGGUGUACGAGACGACCAAUAGCUUCGUGUUGAGAGAUUUACUGGAAGAUAUGGAGGGUUACGCUUGAACUGUCGUCUGUGAUGAUGACACCUGCAAAAUUGGGGAAUUACUCGGGACAGCUGCUCGAGUACGGUGCAUCAGAUCGACCACUGCCCGGGCGACACUUAUCGCUUAUAAGCUUAAGGUUAGACCCCCAUUGGGCUACGGUCUCGAUGAUAUGGAUAGUGUUCAUG